GGAGAGAGAGAGAGAGACUCAUCUAAUAAAACCCUAAUUAUCAGUUGACCGCAUUUUAUUCCCGCCAUCACCAUGGCCGAUAGAAAAAAGCGCCGCCGAGCAGCCGCCGAGUCCAACUCCGAUUCCGAAUCCGGCGAAGCGCUUCCCUUCAAAUCCAAGCUCAAAUCCGAUCCCACCAUCCUUCAAACUCUGAGAACCCUCAAAUCAGCCGCCGCCGCCGCCUCCUCCGCCCCAAGGCCCGUCGCGCUCGCCGAUCUCAACCUCUCCGCCGCCUGCCGCGAAGUCACCGACCUCCCCCUGUCCUCCGUCCAAUCCACCAUCGAAUCGCUCGCUCUCUCGCUGGCGCACUCCAUCCUCUCCGGCAACGGCUUCUCGUUCGGCGUGCCGUCCCGCGCCGCCGCGAACCAGCUGUACGUCCCCGAGCUGGACCGCAUCGUCCUCAAGGACAAAUCCUCCAGCCGCCCCUUCGCCAACGUCUCCUCCGUCCGGAAGGCCACCAUAACCACCCGCAUCCUGCAGCUCAUCCACCAGCUCUGCCUGAAGAACAUCCACGUCACCAAGCGCGACCUCUUCUACACCGACGUCAAGCUCUUCCAGGACCAGACUCAAUCCGACGCCAUCCUCGACGACGUCUCCUGCAUCCUCGGCUGCACUCGCUCCAGCCUGAACGUCGUCGCCGCCGAGAAAGGCGUCGUCGUCGGCCGCCUGAUGUUCAGCGACAACGGCGACAUGAUCGAUUGCACCAAAAUGGGGAUGGGCGGGAAGGCCAUUCCUCCAAACAUCGAUCGUGUGGGCGAUAUGCAGAGCGACGCUCUAUUCAUCCUCCUCGUAGAAAAGGAUGCUGCCUAUAUGCGGUUAGCCGAGGAUCGAUUCUACAAUCGAUUCCCCUGCAUUAUCGUCACCGCCAAAGGGCAGCCGGACGUCGCCACUCGCCUCUUCUUACGGAAGAUGAAGAUGGAGCUGAAGCUGCCCGUUCUGGCCCUCGUCGACAGCGAUCCGUACGGGCUCAAGAUCUUGUCGGUUUACGGCUGCGGUUCCAAGAACAUGUCGUACGACAGUGCCAAUCUUACGACGCCAGAAAUCAAGUGGCUUGGGGUCAGACCGAGUGAUCUUGAUAAGUACAGGAUUCCGGAGCAGUGCCGGCUGCCAAUGACGGAUCAGGAUAUCAAGACGGGGAAGGAUUUGUUGGAGGAGGAUUUCGUGAAGAAGAAUCCCGGGUGGGUGGAGGAGUUGAAUUUGAUGGUCAAGUCCAAGCACAAGGCCGAAAUUCAGGCCUUGAGCUCCUUCGGCUUUCAGUAUCUAACCGAGGUCUAUUUGCCAUUGAAGCUGCAGGAGAAAGAUUGGCUCUGAUCUCAUCUCAAAUGCCUUUGCUUGCCUUGCCUCUGUAAUUUCUUUUUUAUGCUCUAGGGAUGGACUUGGUUGCAGAUUAUUAUAUACAUCUUGCUUGCUUGCUUCAUUGAUUGAUUAUAUGAUGUGCUCCUUGAAAUUAAGUUUGAGGUUUUUGAGAAUCAAUGAGUGAGUCCUUGUCUUGAAACUUGGUAUCAUACUUGUUGAUUUUCGUUUAUAAAAGUUUUUAAUAGAGGAAUAGGAACAGAGGUUUUUUGUUUAUGUGUGUUCUAGUUGCACUUGUGAAUAGGAUAGGAGGGAGACUAUUUGUCUUGAGGAUGUUGAAUAUCAAGAAUGUUUGAAUCAUUGUUAUUAUUACUACUACUGUGAAGGAAAAGAUGAUUAGAAAGUGCUUCCUUCUUAUUUUUGAUGU